AUGGCGUCAACUGCAAACGGAAAUGAGGUGCUUCUCGUUGGGGAACCACCGUCACUCGAGGAGCUGCUAGCGAAAAAGAAAGCCGCUGAGGCUGAAGAAGCAAAGCCGAAGUUUCUGAGCAAAGAAGAACGAGCCGCGCUAGCAAUUAAGCGACGGGAAGAAGAAAUUGCUAAACAGAAAACGGCACAGAAAGAAAUCGACGAGAAUCGGAAGAAAUUCAUGGAGGAGUCGAGACGGAGAACUGAUCGCGAGCUGGAUCGGCGACGAAGAAGGAGCAGAAGUCGAAGCAGAGAUCGCAGAAGAUCACGAUCACGUAGCAAGGAUCGACGCGAUCGGAGUCGUUCAAGGGAAAAAGACCGUGAUGGAGAUCGGGAUCGAGAUCGAGAUCGAGGAAGAGACGAAAGAAAAGACGAGAGAAAGGACGAGAGAAAAGAUGGAGAAAAGGGAAGCGAACGGGACACAGAAAAGCUGAAAGAAGCUGUCAAGAAUAGAUACCUUGGCAAUGGAAAGGAGAAGAAGAAGCGUGGUCGCCGUUUGCACGAGCGCAAAUUCGUCUUCGAUUGGGACGCUGGAGAGGACACGAGCAACGAUUAUAACAAGCUUUAUCAACAAAAACAUGAGGUGCAAUUCUUCGGCCGUGGCGCUAUUGCCGGUGUUGAUGUGAACGCACAAAAGACAUCCAGAUCUUCUUUCUACAGAGAAGUUGUGGACAAGCGGAGGACUGACGAGGAAAAGGAACAAGAGGAAAAGAGAUUGGCAAUCGAGCACAAAAAGGAGAAACAAACGCGUUACGAUGAGCGUCAUUGGAGAGAGAAGAAGCUCGAUGAGAUGAACGAUCGAGAUUGGCGAAUUUUCCGCGAGGAUUUCAACAUCACUAUAAAGGGAGGACGCGUGCCGAAACCACUUCGCAAUUGGGAAGAGUGCGGGCUGCCGGACGAGAUUUUCAAAGCCAUCAUGAAGGUUGGAUACAAAGAGCCGACUCCGAUUCAGCGGCAAGCCAUCCCGAUUGGACUCCAGAAUCGAGAUGUCAUUGGUGUGGCCGAGACGGGUUCCGGAAAAACGUGCGCUUUCCUCAUUCCACUCUUGACUUGGAUCACGAGCCUUCCCAAAAUGGAGCGCCAGGAUCACAAAGACGAGGGACCGUACGCGAUGAUUUUGGCGCCCACUCGUGAGCUGGCUCAGCAGAUUGAGGAAGAGACGAAGAAAUUUGGUGAGCUUCUCGGCGUGAACACGGUGUCGAUUAUUGGUGGCGCGAGUCGAGAGGAUCAAGGAAUGAAGCUGAGAAUGGGAGUUGAGGUUGUAAUCGCCACUCCGGGUCGUCUCCUCGACGUACUCGACAAUCGCUAUUUGAUGUUGAACCAGUGCUCCUAUGUGAUUCUCGACGAGGCUGACCGCAUGUUGGACAUGGGUUUUGAGCCCGAAGUACAAAAGGUCUUGGAAUAUUUACCGGUCUCCAACUCGAAGCCUGACACCGAUGACACGGAGAACGAAGAGGUGUUGAUGAAAAACUUCCAGACGAGAGAGAAAUACAGACAAACUGUCAUGUUCACGGCGACAAUGUCUUCGUCAAUCGAGCGACUGGCUCGUGCCUAUCUUCGUCGUCCCGCCGUUGUACAUAUUGGAUCGGUUGGUCGGCCGACAGAGCGAUGCGAACAGGUUGUCAUCAUGACAUCCGAGGAUCAAAAGAGAAAGAAACUUGUCGAGACUCUCAGCGACAUCAAGCCCCCAAUCAUCAUCUUCGUCAAUCAGAAGAAGGGAGCCGACAUGUUGGCGAAGGGAUUGUCUCGACUCGGUUUCGAGCCUUGCGUUCUUCACGGUGGAAAGGGACAAGAUGCGAGAGAGUACGCUCUACAAGCACUGAAAGACGGAACAAAGAAUAUUCUUGUUGCUACGGAUGUCGCUGGCAGAGGUAUCGACAUCAAGGACGUCUCGUUGGUGUUGAACUACGAUAUGGCCAAAUCGAUUGAGGAUUACACGCACAGAAUUGGGCGAACCGGUCGUGCCGGCAAGAAGGGUAAAGCAAUCACUUUCCUCACACCCGAAGACAAGGAUGUCUUUUAUGAUCUCAAACAGUGUUUAAUGGAGUCGCCGAUCUCAACGUGUCCCCACGAGUUGGCCAAUCAUCCGGAGGCACAGAAUAAACCGGGUACUUUCGUCGCGAAACGCCGAAACGAGGAGACUCUGUUUUUGAAU